AUGGUCAUUGCAAAGUACACGGGCUCAGCAAAGAAACCAGCAGCAACUCGCCAUUCGACAUCGCGAAAAAGGGCUGGGCCGGCCAAUGGCGAGCUUCCCUCGUUCACAGAGAUGGCUGCAGCCAGUAAGAAGACCUCUCGGAAGGUUCUUGCAACAGCGACAGCAGAGCGUUAUAGUUCCCGUGUAGAAGAGGCUCGGCGUUUUCUCAAGAGCUACGACACGAAGGAGAAGGAUGAAGAAGCAUAUCGGGCAGCACUCUCUCAGAUCUCCGAUUUUCCAGAUGACGAAGCAGGCAACGAAGAGCCAGGCGACUCGACUACUACGAUGGACCCUCAAUUUCCCUACGCCCUUGACGGUCCACCCAAAGAGUGCACGCCCAAUGCUAUUGCUAUGUUUUUGUGGUACAAAUCUGCGGUCGAAGGGCGGGGUUCCAGUGUAACAGACCAGGUCUAUUCAGCCAUCAAGAAGCAUUAUGAUCAACUCGAUGGCGAUAAAUAUAGGAUGGGCGUUUGGCGUUUUGAUGACCGGACAGGGCAAUGGCUAGGCAAUCCGGCCUCGACUGGGACAGUCCAGGACAUGUUGAAGGCUAUCAAGAAUCAAGGUGGUGAAAAGGAGCGUAAACACUCUCGUGCAAUGAAAAUGGAGGACAUGCACCGAUUGUACAGCCAUAUCAAUUCGGCUAUGCCAUCCCCAGAAUGGAAGAACUCGAAAGCCUUGGAAACACGAGCGGAAAAUCUCCAAUUUUUGGCAUUUGCUGCUCUGGGAUUCACACUCUGGACUCGAAACUGCGAAGCAGUUCAGCUUCAAGCAAAGAACUUCGACUUCUCCCCGCCCCCGAAGCAGGCUUCAAAUGGUGUGAGCUAUCCGUAUUUUGUCGUCAACCUCUUCAAUCGAAAAGGGUGGCAGCGGAAGAUGGCUAAGGGCGAGAAUCAGCUCAAUGGUCAUACCUACAAUAUCUAUCCCAAACCCUACACCCCAGCAGUUGAUAUGUAUCAACGGCUUCUUGACUGGAAGAACUUCUAUGAAUCCGAGCUUCUUGGACGUCCACUGGAGCCCGACGACUAUAUCUUCCCAACCAUAGGAGCAAACCUCGCAGUGCACCCAGAUGAUCCCCUUACCAGCGACGCAGUGCAGAAGAAGCUCAACAAAUUCACGCAGGGAGCAGGCCUAGGGACUGGGUACACCACCCAUUGCUUCCGCCGUGGUGGGGCGCAAUAUCGGUUCAUGUUUGCACCCAUUGGACAGCGAUGGACGCUUGCUCGAUGGGGUGGUUGGGCUAUCGGUGAACAUCGCGAUACGCUAAUCCGCUAUUUGCUAGACGAACUAUACAUGUACGAAGACGAUCACCGAGACGCGCUAUGCCCCUUCGAUGAAGACACCAGCAAUGCACACAUGGGAGAAGAUCGAAUGCUGCGACCCUUGACACAGCUCGAAGGUCAGCAGCUGUUCGAACGUUUGGGCAGCAUCGAAUCACUCUGCUCGAUGUCCCAGAAGGCUUUGUCUGCGACGUCGUACAACGCCCAGCCCGCAGCCCCGGUAUACCAUGUCUACAACGUCUACCACGUUGCCAACACCACAUCGUACACUGGCUUCGACACCACUCCCAUGCCCAUGCAAGCCUAUCAACCCUCUCUGCAGCCAACACCUUGGGCCAUCGCUUCUACCCCUCUGCCCCCUUCCACCGGCAUGUUCCCUGCCCACUCCAGUUCAGCAGAGCGCCUAGCCCUGUCACAAGGGUUUCACCCCAUCCAGCUGCUCUCGGGGCCUCCAGCGCCAUUCAAUGCAGCUCUGCAACCUCAAGUCGAAGCACCCGCUGCCGCCAUUCCUUCUCGUCGUUACUACACUGUGCCUCGUAUUCAUCCAGGUAAGAGGGAGCUUGCGUGGAGGCAAGUCAUCGAAGACUGGACUUGCCCGAAUCCAGCUCGCGCAUCCAAGCCCCUGUCGAAGUGGGAUGUGUCGUUGCUCGCCGACUCAAACCAAAAGCAGCAGUACCACUACCGCAAGGUCAUCGCUGAGGAGUAUCUAGAUCGGUUCCAGUCCAAUGACGCAGACUUUAUGAAUGCGUACCCCGAGCACAAGAUUGGUAUCUCGGCGCUCUAUCAAGCGAUCCUUCGAGAACACCAGAGGCUUGGACUAGCAAAACGGCGUAGCCGCAAGUCAAGAUCCCCGACCCCUUUAUCGUAG